UAACUCAAAUAUCACCUUCACUCUUCACACUCACACUUCACACCCCUUGUGUUGUUUUGUACCACUCUGUGUGUGUGUUUUUCUCUCACAGUGUGAUUGUUUUGUGGUUCUCCUUUUUCCUAUUGUGAUAGAGUGAGUGACAAGCAGAGCUAAGCUAAGCUAAGCUAACCAGUCUAGCAACAAUGGUGGUGAAGAAACCACGGAUUGUGAUAAUUGGAGCAGGAAUGGCAGGCCUAACCGCUGCAAACAAGCUCUACACCGCCACAGGUUCCAAAGACUUGUUUGAGCUCUGUGUGGUGGAAGGUGGAACCAGACUUGGUGGCAGAAUCAACACCUCAGAGUUUGGUGGUGACAAGAUUGAGAUGGGAGCUACCUGGAUCCAUGGAAUUGGUGGCAGCCCAAUUCACAAAAUAGCUCAAGAAACCAACUCACUCCACUCUGAACAACCUUGGGAGUGCAUGGAUGGGAACACCAACACUGAUGACCCCAUCACCAUUGCUGAAGGUGGCUUACUCCUUCAACCCUCCAUUGUGGAUCCUGUCACAAAGCUUUUCAAUACCCUCAUGGAGUACUCUCAGGGGAAGCAGAAGCUCACUGCAAAAAGUGAGUUUGACAGGUACUAUAGCCUUGCUGCUAAAGCUUCCAACAUGUCAAAAGGUGCCUCUGGGAACCCCAGUAUUGGUUCUUUUCUCAGAAAAGGCCUUGAAGUUUACUGGGAUAAUGCCUCAGUGAAAGAGAUAGAGGAUAUUCAGCUCAAUGGGUUUGGAAACUGGAGCAGGAAGUCACUUGAGCAAGCAGUCUUUGAAAUGCAUGAGAACAAUCAGAGGACUUACACAUCAGCUGGUGAUUUGAAGAGUCUGGAUUAUGAGGCAGAAAGUGAGUACAUAAUGUUUCCAGGUGAAGAAAUCACAAUUGCUAAAGGCUACUUGAGAGUGAUUGAAUCCAUAGCUUCUGUGCUACCACCUGGCUUGGUUCAGCUAGGUAGAAAAGUCACAAGAAUUGAAUGGCAGCCCCAGAGUGAUGAUGAUGGUGAUGAAAGGAAGAAGAGCAUGGAAAAUGGGAGCUUUUCUAGGCCUGUGAAGCUGCAUUUUUGUGAUGGUUCUGUUAUGACUGCUGAUCAUGUCAUUGUCACUGUUUCUCUGGGAGUGUUAAAAGCUGCUAUUGGUGAUGAUUCAGGUAUGUUUUGCCCUCCUCUUCCGCCUUCCAAGACUGAGGCAAUUUCAAGGCUUGGUUUUGGUGUUGUUAACAAGUUGUUUAUGCAAUUAAGUCCAACACAUGGAGGAAAACAUGGAUUCCCAUUCCUGCAAAUGGUUUUUCAUUCACCUCAAUCUGAAAUGUGGCAUAAGAAAAUACCAUGGUGGAUGAGGAGAACAGCUACCCUUUUCCCCAUCUACAACAAUUCUAGUGUCCUCUUAUCUUGGUUUGCUGGGGAUGAAGCACUAGCACUUGAGUCACUCAAAGAUGAAGAGAUUAUCAAUGGGGUUACAUCCACAGUUUCAAGCUUUCUGUCACAUUCUAAGUGGCAACAGGAUUCCAGUACUGCAGAUAAUUUGUGCAAUGGGAAUGGGAAUGGGAAUCAUGAGGAGAAAUCUCAUGAAAAUGAAGUGAAAGUCAGUAAAGUCUUGAAGACCAAAUGGGGAACUGAUCCAUUGUUUUUAGGUUCAUACAGUUAUGUUGCAGUAGGAUCAAGUGGUGAUGAUUUAGAUACAAUGGCAGAGCCAUUGCCAUCUAAAGAUAGCACUUUCCAGCAUCCACUUCAAAUUUUGUUUGCAGGGGAAGCAACUCACAGAACUCAUUAUUCUACAACUCAUGGAGCUUACUUCAGUGGACUUAGGGAAGCCAAUAGGCUUCUUCAACAUUACCAUUGUGUUGGGAUUUAAAAUUAGUAAUUUUGUUUUUUUUUUUAUCUUUUAUAUUUUCAUUUUUUUUUGAAUAGUAAUCUCUAUGAUAUUACUCUCAUUUUCAUCUUAAAAUGUCUUCGUUUCUCUUUAAGGAAAGUAGUGAUUGAUUGGGAAAAAAUCAAUAUUAGAAGGGGCAAGGUGAAUAGGGAGAUGGGGACAUUUAGAUGUACUACUUGAAGUAAAUUUUCCCCAAGAUUUCUUUCUCUUCAUUUAUGAGUGUAGUAGUUUCUUUUCAUUUAAUCUCUUUGUUAAGUCUUCAUGGAAACUAGUUCAGAUUUUCAGUGACAUUGAUGCUUAAUCUGAAUUAAAACUAAAGAAAGCUUCAGAUGCCACUUCCAUGUGUGUUCUGAAGCUUCUCUUUCAAAAGACAGGAUCCGCCAAACUCGGCUCUUUCUACUUUGGAAUCUUUCUUCUAUGAAAUGAAAUAUGGCUUGUCAACACCUCAGGCUUACGUGUUAUUCUUGUCACCUAUGAACCCUACGCAAAACUUUGAUGCUAAGUUGCUAACUGUAUGAGAAUUGGUCUUUGAUAUGAUAGAGUUUGUUUAUUUAAA